AUGGGAUAUAUCGACACCAACAUCGGUAACAACAGCUUUUGGAGAAGUCAUAACGCAAUGGCUCCAGCGCUUCCAGACGACAUAUUGCACGUCCUGUGUGAAGAGCUGGCAGGUCUCCGACAGUUUGACACGCUCUUCAACUGCGCCUGCGCCAGCCGUGUGUUAGCAGUGCCUGCCUUGACCAACCUGUAUCGAUCACACCAUGAGGCGCCCAUCCGAGGUGGUGGUGACGAUGCCAUCGUUUCACUUGGCCAAAAGAUUUUGACGACCCAGCGGUGGUCUAUUUUAUGGAGAUCCAUCAUCGCGUCCAGCCUGGAGACUACUCUUUUUCCGUAUUGUCGCUAUAUCAAGACCCUCGACUUUCGCGAUCUAGGCAACUUGCUCGAAGAGGACCAGUUCCGUGUCAACAUCUCGAAGCAAUUCUUUUCAGGGCCUUUGAAGCAGUUUGAAAAGAUCAGAACAUGGAAAACUAGGUCUGGCAAGAGAAUGACUGGGUUCCAUAACGCCGACAUCAUCGAUGCAGUCGGAGAAGCUGUCACUCAGCACACACCAACACUCGAGAUGAUUAGCGGCGAAUUACGAUCGGACGCGCUCAUUCGAUGGACUCCUCGUCUGCCCCGCCUGCAAGGUCUUGAGCUAUGGGAUGGUAAACCUCUCGAAGACCCACUGGUACAUGCGUCACUCUAUCAGUAUUGUCCGAACUUCAAUACGCUGAUGAUAUUUACCUGGAUGUCUGACGAUCGCGAUCACAAAUUCGCAGAGUUUGUCAGCUCAAUGCGGGCGAACUCACUGAAGUCACUCCAAACUUUUCACGACAUAGGCGCUGAUGCAGAAGUCUUCCUAGCUCUGAGUCACCACGGUGGCUCGUUGGAGGAUCUAAGACUGUACACCUCGAAUGAUUCGUUAGCGCAUCUAUCCAUGCUUCAAGGCUGUACUGCUUUGAAACAACUGCGCAUCGAAGACACUUAUGGGGUCGUGGAUCUUGAGGCAACUCAGAACGAUGUUUUCCUCGAGACGAUCGAUUGGCUAAAGAAGUGCAAAGGUCUUCGAAGCAUCAGCUUUUCGAAUUUUCAAUCCGGCGCUGCUGUUGUCACGCCUGUACUUGUGGAGCACGACAUGCAGCUUGAACACUUGGACAUCGACUCCUAUGUCCUCAAGGACCACAAAGCCUUCCAUCAAGCGCUUGUAUAUCAGCAGACAAACUUGCUUGAGCUCUCACUCAGUGGAGAUACCGACGGCAUGUUCCGGGAUGACCUUGACAUUCUUGUCGACUCGUUGAAGCAGCUGAAAUCGAUGCGACGGCUCUCCUUGUUACUCCCUGAAGUGCUCCGCGACGAGCAUGUGAUUGCCAUUGUUCAAGGCUUGACGCAGCUCGAGAUGAUAUAUGUCAGCGGCCUGGAGCUUAACGAUGUCAUUCUGCCAGGCAUUGGAGAACUGCCCAGUCUGCGAGACAUCACUUUGUCAGGCAUUUCAAAGUUUUCUUUUGAUGGAUUGUUUGACUUUAUCUCGCAACUGGGCCCCGGGAACCAAGGCAUCCGUCUCACUAUCGAAAUGGCAGACCCCGACACUUUGCUGACCGAAGACAACCUGACAACGUUAAAAGAUCAUCUCGCGCAGCAGACUGGAGGGGCAUUCGAGUAUGCAGCAUACAAGGAUCCAGGUAUCUCAGACUUCGAAGGGGACUCGGAUUGA